UUCCAGGUCACGCCGUCCAACGGCCGCACAACGUGAACUCGUCGCAUCAAUAUGUCGUUUCCAUCGCAAAAUCAAAGGUGCUACAAUAGACGUCUGGUGGUUGUAUGACGAUGGUGGUCUGACGCUCCUAGUGCCACAUUUGUUAACGUUACCGAAGAGUUACUUGGAGAAUGCUCGAUUACGUGUGUUUUCAAUAUCCACGUCACCAACAAUGAUGGAACAGGAGCAGAGAAGCAUGGCAGCUUUGCUAACGAAAUUCCGUAUUGACUUUUCCGAUGUGUCUGUGAUACCAGAUAUUGGAAGGAAGCCAAAUGCCCAGACGUAUGCAUUCUUCAUUUUCUUGUAG